CAGCAAUGUGUUGACAGAGGGAACUUGUGUGCUACGUUUGACUCAGCCCUCAUUACUUUCCUUUUGCUUGAAGAAUUGAGACUGACGGCUGGGUUCUUUCAAAAUGUUCAGAUUUUACAACAAGGUGACGCAGAACAAAGUCGCCACAGCAACAGUGCUGGCGGCUCUUGUCGUGGUCGUUUAUGUGGGUUUUUUCCAGAACAUACCAAAAAGAAAAUUAACAUUUCGUGAAGUCAGUGUGAGGAAAUAUGAAACUGACACAAAGCCAAUCAACACACAACACAAGUAUACAUACUCGUGGCCAAAAUGCCAACGAAACAACACUGUUACCAAAAUCCCUGACUUCAACUCUUUACCUAGUCACAUUAAAGACUUUCUAUACUAUCGCCACUGUCGGCAUUUUCCCAUGCUGCUUGACCUUCCAGACAAAUGUGGAGGACCUGAGGGUUCUGCUGAUGUCUUCCUGCUCCUGGUCAUCAAAAGCUCACCUGGGAACUACGACCGCAGACAGGUACUGCGUAACACCUGGGCCAAAGAGAGACUUCAGAACGGAGUGUGGAUCCGGAGGCUCUUCAUCUCAGGAACACAGGAUGAUGGUUUUGAGAAAACAAGACUAAAUAGACUUUUGGAGUUUGAGCAACGCAGGCACAAUGACAUUCUCCAGUGGGACUUUCACGACUCCUUCUUCAACCUCACUUUGAAGCAGAUCCUCUUCCUGGAAUGGAUGGAGAGAAACUGUCCUCAUGUCCACUACCUGCUAAAUGGUGACGAUGAUGUCUUUGCCAACACCGACAACAUGGUUGUGUUUCUCCAAAACUUUAAGAGAGGAGGAAGAAAGCACCUUUUCACUGGUCAUCUCAUCCAGUAUGUAGGACCAGUUCGAGAAACGUGGAGUAAAUAUUACGUUCCAGUGCAGGUUCACGAACCGGAGUCCUACCCUCCUUACUGCGGUGGUGGGGGAUUCCUUCUGUCAGGAUAUACAGCUAGAAUCAUCUACAACAUGUCACACUCCAUCACAAUUCUUCCCAUUGAUGAUGUAUAUAUGGGAAUGUGCCUGCAGAAGGGAGGUCUUCGUCCUGAGUCCCAUCCUGGUGUAAGAACAGCCGGACUGUACGUUAUAGACAAGGAGGCUGAUAGAUAUGAUCCUUGCUACUUCAGGGAAAUGCUUCUUGUCCACAGAUUCCUGUCAGUCCACAUGUAUGUUAUGUGGCACAGUUUGCAGGACCCCAAUCUUGACUGCACGAACUAUUACAAAGGACAAUAAAAAAAGGUUGGUAUCCCUUUGAGGUUUGCAACCAAAUUCAAACAAAAAAAAAACAACAUUUCUCCUUUCAGAUUAUGCAGAUUUUAUUAUUGUAUACUUGUAUUUAAAACUUUGGCUGAAACAAACUUUUAGAUUUCGGCUCAUACAUUUUUUGUAAUUCUUUUGAAGACAUGGGUGAUUUCUCACUUCACCAAAACACGUGAAUAACAGAAAACCAUUAGAGACCCACUCCGAUCAUUUUGUGAUCUAUUUUCAAAGAUCGUAGCUCCGACUUUUAUACUGACAAUGCUGAUUUUGCCAAAA